CCUACAAAAAAUGGCGCUAUUAGCAACAUGUGCCAAGUCUGGAACAUUUGCAUUUUCAAAAUUUUGUGUAUUUAAACUUUAUCCCUCUAGUUAUAGCAUUGGGUUAUGUAUAAACAGAAACUAUGUAACAAAGAAAGACAAGAUUGAUAUUCACAGUCUGCCCAAGGCUCCAAAAAGACCAAUGACAUCUUAUUUGGAAUUCUAUAAAAAUCAUUAUAGUGAGAUUGUAGAAAAUAAUAAUCUUCAAACAGACAAAAAGAAAGCAUCAAAAGCUGUACAGAUAUGUAGUGGUAUGUGGGAAUCUUUAGACGAUGUUACAAGGAAGGGGUAUCAAGACCGUGCAAAGGUAAGAUUAGAAGCUUAUAAGGAGGAAAUGCAAAAGUUCAAAGAUAGUCUUACUGCUGAACAAAAGGAAUUACUGAAGGAAGCAAAGAGACAGAAAAGAGAAGAAAAGGUGAAAAAGAAGGAGAAAAAAGAAGAAAAACAUAAGAAUGUAGAGCAUGGAUUACCUAAGAGACCUUUAUCGUCAUACAUGUGUUUUGUGAAUAGUAAAAUGCCAAAUCCAUAUUCAGAUAAGUCUGCUACAGAAUAUGUGCAAAUGCUAGGACAUGAGUGGAGAGAAUUGUCUAAAGAAGAUAAGCAGUCUUUUGAAGAACUUGCUGCUGAAGCUAGGGAAGAAUACAACCUGAAGAUGACACAAUGGGUUGAAAAUAUGGUUGAACAAGGAGAUGGAUCAGAUGUAAAAGUGUCAUUAUUGCAAAAGGAAUUAGAAAAACUAGAAGUUCCAAAGAAAAAUACCAGUGGUUACCAAAUAUACCGACACCAUCACAAGGAGGGACCACUAUGGAGUACAUUAUCAGAUGAAGAGAAGGAGAAAUGGGUCAAAAAGGCAGUAAAAGAUCUACAUCGCUACGAAAAAGAAAUGGAAGAAUGGUACCAAAAGAUUGAAGAUAAGGGAAAAACUGACUUUGUGGAAGAGAUGUUUGAGCUGAUUAAAGCAAAUAAAAAGAAACCAACGAAAAAAUAAUCGGCAAAAUUUGAAAAAGCUAAAGUGAAGCCCAAGAAUCCAAAGACUGAAUUGAAAGAGAGUUGAUAAAGGUGCGAAAUAUCAUUGUAUUCGUUGAUCUGGAAAGUCAGGAAAAAUGUUCAGUAUAAGAUGAAUGUAGAAUUGAUUACUUCCACAAUUUGUUGUUGUUAUCAAUUGGUUACUGUUUAUAUUUUUAAUGUAGAACCAAACCACUUGUGGUCAUAAGAUGGUCUUUUACUUCCCUGAUUGUAACCAUCAAGCAGCAUUAUUGUCAUGGGAAAUAAUAGUAACCUUCUUUGGAAGUUCUUAUAAUUGAUAACAUGUAUGCAAGUUGAAGUCAGAUCACCAUUCAUUUCAGUCUGGAAUAUGAUGCCAGUAAGCACAAACACAAACAUAGAUGAAAGUUAGGUUGUAACAUAGCUUCUUAUAAUUAAGUGAGUUAUGACUGAUUCAAAUGCAGUGAUAUUGAAAUUUGUGUGUAUUGAGGUGAAUUUGUAUAUCAAAUGAAAAGAUUUUCCUAUCAAUAUUUUAUAUUAUGUUCCUAUAUACAUGAAUAUAUGCUAUAUAUUGAAUCCUUAGGAUGUUGACAUAAGAGAGGGUGUGAUAGGAUAUGUUUAGCCCAUCAUUGAAAAACAACUGGAACAUAUUAAAAAAUAUAAUUGAUUUGUCAAGUUUGUUACAAAAAUGCUUUUAUAUUUAUGUGCUUAAAUGUUGAUCUAUAAUUAUCAAUCAUUUCACUUGUGUGCAAAUGAUAAAAUUGAGAAUUGACUCUCUUUUAGAAUUGAGAACUUCAUUUUUGAAUUGACAUUAUCAUUUUAAAAUAUGAAGGUUCUUAUAUUGUUUUCCACAGAUUCAUAUAUAUCGGGAAAUGGAUGCAUCAUUGUUUUUGGGAGGGAGGGGUUUUACUAAUAAAAGGGCAAUUAAAUAAUUUUAUCUUACCUCCUCCUAUAUAGGAAAGAUUUGCUGUUAUUUUUGUUUUAUUAUAUCUCCUAUAUAGGAAAGAUUUGCUGUUAUUUGUGUAUUAUUAUAUCUCAUAAAGUGUUUGUUAUAUUGUAUGUUUUGACCUGUAUUUUUACUGUAUGGAGGUCAUUGGAGGAAUUAACAUCAUGUGUGUUCAUUUUGAGUUAUGGAUAUUGAGUUUAUGCUUCCAGUGGUGUUUGUCUAUUGUUUCAUUUUAACUGGAGGUGUACAACACUCUUAACAGGAUAGAAAUAAUGUGAAUGGUCGUAUAAUGGUUUACAGUAAUUGUCUGGCAGUUCAGGAUUACAACUACAUGAAUUGGUCUGAAAAUUGAGGAAAAUGAAUGUAAGGUAGUCCAGGAUUAUAAUUUAUAUAUAGUCCAUAACAAAUUAAUUUUAAUGGUCAAGUGAAUUAACACCUGACGGUAAAAGCUGGUAGAGUUAUCAAGAUGGAUAAUGAGGUAUACUGCUAUUGUCUUAAAACCUAAAAAAUUUAAACAAUAAAAACAGUCUACAAUAUCCUGGUUACCCCAAGGAAAUUAUUUUAUUUUGUCGACAUGUUUCAUGACUUAAGAAUGGCGUCUUCAGUCUGAAAAUUGUCAGAAAUGAGGCAGUUAAGGACUGAUUACUUAAAUGGUCUGAAAAUUGGUGAAGAUUGUGUGGUGUUUGUAGAAUUUAUGGUACUCAUUUGAUAAUCAUGUUAGUGUUAUAGUAGAAUAUACAACAACAUUAUAUCUUGUAACUUGCAGUAAGAAGUCACAUGAUUUUAAAGAUGGGACUGAAUUAAGAUAUAAGUACUAAGAAAUAUAAAAUUGUGAAGAUAUUGAAUUGUAAAAAGAUCUAAUUGAUAUUGAAAUGCUAUUUGCAUGCUGUCCGAAAGAUUAUUUAUAUUAUUACAUUAGAAUUUAUAUUAAUUUUUAUUAUUAAUAGAUAUAGCAUUCAACUAAAGGCUAUUAGUCCUAUGUAUUUACUUUGACCAAAUAUGUGUUCAUAAUAGAUCUGGAUAUUAAACCUGUCUUUUAGACAAGUGUUUGUUACUGUACAGAGCAUAUAAAAUUCUAGAUGGAGAAUAUAUUUAUGACCACUUUUUAUAAAACUACCUGUUACAAUUUUGUUUUUUGUAUACUUGUAGCUAUAGCAUAAAAUGGUCAACACAUAUAGACCACUCUCCAUCAUGUCGCAUAUUGGAUUGUCAUUACAAUUUUUCCAUCAAUUACUCUGAAAAAAAAAAAGAGUGCAGCGAAACUGUCAACUACUCAGAAUUUGUUUUAUAUUUCCUGAUUUUUUCCUUGUGUGAAAGAAGGGAUUGAUUUUCCUCUAUUCGCAGGAGAUGUAUGUUCUAGAAUUACAUUCAGGUUCAUUCAAUUUAGGUUAUUAUUACCGGUGAUAGUUUCUAAAAAAGAAAUAUGAAUAUGCAGUAAGUAGAUGUUUAAACAUGGUGAAUCCCUAGCAGUAUUAAACUUUUCUGAUUCUUUUAAAACACAAUUUGAUGAUACUGUCUGCCUUACCACAUAAAACUUUAAUUACCUAAGAAUUCUACAGGAACUCAUAUAAAAAAGCCCUAAGUAUUUUAUAAUAAUGUUUAUGGCAUAAUCAGUUGACUCUCGUUAUCUCGAAGCCAGCCGGACCAGAGAAAUAUUUCAAGAUACCCGUAGUUUGACUCAAACGAAAACAGGAAGUUUGACAGACCAAGGGACACAACUCUUGCUUAGCAUGGUAAAGCUAAAAUAAAUCCGGAUGAAUAUGGGAAGAGGAAUCCAUAUUCUGGUCUUAUAUCGAUGUAUUUGUAUGUUAUGGUCUUUCAUUAUUAUAAUAAUUUUUUUUCUCACUUAUUUAUUUCUUUGAAUAGUUACAAUUUUUCCCUGUGGCUUUUAGCUGAGAGAGUAAUUUCCAAUCGAUCUUAGUGUUAUUUUUAAAGUUAUUUAAAGUUGACAAAAUUGAUCAUUCUCGUAUACAAGAGAUUUUAAAAAAAUUAGAUUUCUUUUCAUUUUCUUUUAUCUCAAUCUUUUUUUCAAACGAAAAAUACAAAAAGAUUAAAGACACCAAUUGAGUAGUUUUUGUGUGAUUCCCAAGGUAAGUCUUAAUCCCCACUUUAUACACAUCCAAGCUCAUUAGUGUAUGAUAACGAUUAAUUGUUUUUAAAACAUUUUAAAUAAAAAUAAACAAAUACACUCGUGGAAAAAACAUGUCAUAAAUCAAUACAGUAGUCAGUGACCAGAAAUUUAAUUUCACGUGUAUUGUCAGAUUAACUCUUCAAUCCAUUUAAAUCCCAGAGGUCAUGUAUUGACAUAUGUGUAUUAAUUCGAGAUAAAUAAUGAAUUUUGAAUGAUUUUGUUAACCUUGGGACCGUAAAUUUAAUUCGAGUCAACCGAAAUUUCGACUCAUCCAAUUCGACUCAUCAGGAGUCGAAAUACAUAUAUUUAUAUGAAACAAAGUUCGUGACCACGAGUAAACUUCAACUCAUCCGAAAUUUCGUGUCAACCGAGUUCGAGACAACGAGAGUUAACUGUAAUUAAUAUUUUAAAGACAUUUUUUUUUCUAUACAGAUUUGAUAUAAAAGAAUGGUUACUGUACCAGAAUAUAUCUUGACUAAUAACUUUUAUAUGGGAAAGAUAUUCAAAGGCCAAACUUGUGACAACUGUUUGAUAUAUUAAACUGAGAAAUAACUCAUAUUGGCCAUUUCUUAGAUGUUUUAUUACCUGGUGUGAAAUACAAAUGCUUUCUAUGGAAAAUCUGUCUUUUUAGUAGCUUAAAUUUGUGUUAUGCAUAGAUGCAUGGUUAGGAUAUACUCAAAUGUAAAAUAAUUCCUCAUCUAAAGAAAAUUUAAAUGGUUUUUAUAGAUGGACAUUUUAGAAGAUGAAUAACUAAAACAUUUUGAUCUGGUGGGGGGGAAUAUUGUAUUAUUAAUGUAAUUGUUGAAUGAUAGAAUGGUGGUGCUACAUUUAUUUUUAAUGCAGAACAUACAUCCUCUAACACAACCUUAAUAUAUAACUGGUAAAGUGAACUCUGCAGGUAUGACAUGCACUCCAGUCAAAAAAUAUUCUAAACCUUUAUGAACAACUCCAUUCAGAAAAACAGUCUAGAUGUUAUCAGUAUUGUUGAUAUGUAUGUUCCAUUUUGUACACUUGUUUUACAAAUAAAAGAAAGCACUAAUUGA